AUGAAUCGCUUUGGCCCACUGCUUAUGUAUCAUUUGGACCAACUCCUGGAGCUUGCUGAUUUCAACCGCAGCGCUGAAGUAGAAUAUCUUCAGAUUGCCCGGUGUCUUGAGGGGAUGCGGCAGCGAUGCUGCCGGCUAGAUCGGGAUUUGCAGAGGGCAAGGCAGCAGUUACGCCAGUCAGAAUCUGAGCGUUCCGUGCUGGAGGUGAAGUUGAAACAUGCCCGCAAUCAAGUAGAGGUGGAAAUGAAGAAAAGACGUUGGGCAGAAGCUGAGCUGGAAAAGCAGGAAUGCAAAUUGCGGCUUAUCUAUGACUACCUAAUGGCUGACCCACUGAUCAGUCCCCUCACUGAAAAUCAGCAUGCAGACCUGGCAGUUUUUGAGAGACUGCGUUUCAUCCACAGCAGCUUGCUGCCUGGAAAACAGGGGAUGUGUGCAGUGGAAGAACUCGGUACCUCGAUCCUAUCUGACAUCAGUUUUGACCAUUCGGAUGAGGAAGUGGAUGUAGGCAUGAUAAAACCUGUCAAAAGCAAAAACAGAGAGCGUUUCUCACUGGCCCCCCUGGUUCAACCAGUGGUAGCAGCCAAGCGCGCACGGCCUUCUGGAGCAUUUGCUAACAGCGUCAAGGAACUACCUGUGGUGGCCUUGAAGUCUAGAGCCAUUGGUGGCAGCCGAGGCCUUGCCUGCAAUUUAUUACCCAGCGCUGUAGUAUCCCAUCAUCAAUCCCAGCUGAGUCGUUCAAUUUCCACACAUUCAGAGCUCACUUCUAUCUGGAAUAGCCCUGAUGAAUCUGGUGGACAAAAUAGCCAGACUGGAAGCAAGACCAUUGGACCUACCUCCAGGGGAACUAUUGGUGCCUUCAUUCAUUCACCAGGAACGCCUCCACUCCAGCAGCACCGAUUUGCUUCCAAGACAGUGAUUCGUCUGGACUGGUGUGCCGUUUGCAAAUCCCGCCUGCGCUUUGGGAAGAUGGCACUUAAAUGUCGGUCAUGUCAGCUUCUAAUACAUCCAGAGUGCCAAGAACACUGUCCCUCUCUCUGUGUGCCAGGUGCCCACCCCAGAGUGAAAGAGGGUGUACUAGCUGAUUUUGCACCUUCCAAGCCACCUCUGGUGCCCCCCAUUGUGAUUCAGUGUGUGGUUCAAGUGGAAAAACGUGGCCUGCAGGAGGCUGGACUAUACAGAGUGCCAGGUGCAGAACCCCUUGUGCGUGAAUGGAAAUAUAAACUGCUCUGUGCCCACGAAGCUCUUCCUUCACUUGACUAUGUGGCUGAUGUGAAUGUGAUCUGUGGCAUCCUCAAGGAUUUCCUGAGGAGUCUGAAAGAGCCUUUAGUUACCUUUUGCCUGCGCUCUGCCUUCCUGCGUGCGGCAGAAAUUCUGGAUGAAUCUGCCUGCCAUACUGAACUCUGCCGUGUUGUCAUGAAGUUGCCUCUGACUAAUAGAGACACCCUAGCUUUUCUCAUGCUCCAUCUGCAUAGGGUCGUGCAGAGCCCUGAGUGUCGAAUGGACUGCCAUAACUUGGCACGUAUCUUUGGACCAACACUAGUUGGACACAGCACUCCCAGCCCCAGCCCACUUGCCAUCAUGGAAGAUACACCACGCCAGUGCCUGGUGGUCUCCCGUCUCCUAGCAUUGCCACUCAAAUUUUGGAAGCAUUUUAUAGAAGAAGAGCAAGAAAACCUUGUCCCAGUACAGGAGUCCAUUGUAAUGAAUGAGCAAGACCAGUUCUUCCAUCCUCUUGUUUCUCCAGAAACCAGCACUGUCCAGAUGAGCCCAGGAAACGGCUGCUUUCCAAACAAGCUUCGUAACUGCAUGGGUACCACUUUGCCACCUUUGAAUGCUCCCCGGACCAAAAAGAUGGGAAGAUUCUUACCACUCCCCAAAUAA